UACUUUGGAAGGGCAUAGGUUUGGUAUCAACAUUCGUAGGGACGAUAUAACAGCAUAACCUGCAUGUAGGUACACUUUUUGCUGGGGACGGGACAUUAAUUAGACCAAACAGAUUGGAUGCAGGGGGCAAAGGGCCACAUUUCUCAUGUAUAUGAACCUAAUUAAUUAAUAGGCAAAAUGAUCAAUGCAAAAUAAAUCCUUAUCUUCUGAUAAUAACUUUUACAUGCAUUGGUUCAGAUGAUACACUGUUCGAUUCAAAUCUUUGUUUUCAAAAAAUACUAAAGAAACAUUUUGAAAACUUCCUGAAUAAAUGUCUGGUUUUUAUUAGCAAACAAACAUAAUGAAAAUAAUUCACUUAAUAAUGGUAGGGUCAAUUCUAUCCUUACAACAUAUGGAACUAUUGAAAGAUCUAAAUUCUCUAUAUAACUGAACAUUAUAUGCAAAAAAGGUAAGGUUGCUUAAAAGUUGGUGGGGACAAUUUUAGCAUCCUGAAAAGUUGGUAGUGUUAUGUCCCUACCGUCCCUAUGCAAACCUACACCCUUUUUGUAAAAGUCCUCCUUAUUUUCCUUUACUUUAAAAAAAAAAAAAAAAAAAAUCUCUCCGCCUCAAUGGAGAGGAUUGCUUCAAUUAGAUCGUUCUGUGUUCUAUUUGACAAGCCAGAAAACACAGUGGAUGUGUCCAAAAGUCUAGCUAACCUUUCAUCUUUCUCAGCAAAACCAUGUAAUCGUUCUACAUAUAUGCCACGUUUAGAAGAGCUUACACGCUCAUCGUUACCACGAAAUGUUAACUCCUGUUUAGCUAGGAUGCAGGUUGCAUUAAUGAGGUCUUUCAAACUCUUUUCUUUACCUUAGCGUUGAGGACGCUACCGUUGAGCUUCCGCUGUUCGUCAAAGCCAAAUCGAUCCUUGAGCUUCCAAAAGUUUUUAAAGCAAUCAGGCUUUGAAUGUGAGUGGUCGAGCUCUCAUGUUUGCUGAGGCUUCGUCGUAGUUUUUUAAUGUCACAAUAUCUCGUGUUAGUCCAGACCUUGGCACAAGUUGAGAAGAAAAGGCAGGGAAAGCAGCAAAGGCGAUUUUUCGAAGGACAGCCACAUAGCCAGUCUUUUCGGGUGUACCAGUCCGUUUGAAAAGCGCGAGUUAUCUUCUGUCCCGUAGUUUGAAGCAAACCUUCUAGCUCCGGUGUUGUGUUAACCGCGUCCACAUUUAACAGAAAGUCCAGUUUCACGUACGCCCCCUUGCAGUGCGGCAGAGUACUAUCUGCCGCAGCAUGUGCCUUUUCACUGCGGUUUUAUGUCCCAUCAGCAAAACUAAAUAUGUCGCUAACAAACAUUAAACUUUAAGGGAUAAAGACAUUAGCCAGAAUGUGGAAAAUCAGGUCAAAUAAACGUAUCUGGAAACAUUAUAACGGCGACAUGCAGAUGUACGGCAACCAGCACGCUCCAAUUCCAUGUAUCAACCCAGUUUGUUAUGGAUUGCGCAAUCAGAGGUGAGGCUUUACUCGUUGCUGCCGCACCUCUCGUUUCAUUUCUUUAUUUGAACAGGAAAUAGGCAAAUUCAGCGAUUUUGACUAUAAAAAAUGUUUGAAAUGAGUCAUACAUAAAGAGCAAUGGACAAAUAUUCAUAUAAAUUUGAUGCUAUAAUUAUUUUUUUGUCAUGAUGACAGGUGAGGCUCUGCCUCACCUGCCUCCCCUGACCGCACGUCACUGGUUUAUACCAAUAUUUAAAUUAAUGUCAGGCUAUGAGACUGAAACAUUAGCCUUCUGUGUAAGGUGUUUCAAAAAAGAAUAUGAAUAUUCUUGUUUUAGUAUAAAUUCUUUUUCAUGUCGGACUCCGACAAUGACCAGGCCGCUACUUAAGACCCAUCUGGAAAAUGUCCACUUUAUAGAAAAGGAUAUGUUACAUAUACCAGUUCACAAAGCAAUUUCACAUUAGUUACUGAAGCGUUCAUUGGUGCUUUGGAUAAUAGCUUCUCCUCGCUUGGUGAAUGUCCAUGUAGUGUACAAUGAUGGAUGGAUCUUCGCCUAUGCAAGGUAAUUAAUAUUGAUUAGUUUUACCCCUUAUGGUGAAAAUAUACAGUUGUUAAAUAAACAAACCAAGUAUUUCCCGAAUGAUAUUUUGAGAAGUAUUGUGUAAUUUACCCUAACUAUGGUUUAAAACAGAUGACACCGACAGGAAAAUGUGCACAGUGAAUUAAAAACGCCCAAAAAAAUCUUGGUCAUUGGGCGCAAAUAGUUCAUGUUGAUACACAUAGAGCUGUCGUUUUGAACUGUUGGACAAUUAUUAGCUCCACAUUGCUACCUACUGGUAAAACUUGGAACGUCACAUUGCAAAAGAUUCUCUGUGCAUUUUAAACGUUUAAAAAGCUAGACAAAAGAAAUAUUUAGACACAGCGUGUAUAAUAGUGAGUUGAAAUCAUUACUAUUAAUAUUGCUUAUUUUUUUCAGAUGCGCAUUAUAUAUAUUAUUCAAUAUUUUUUCAAUUGGGAACGCAUUCUUUGUAUUAACAUUUUACAUUAUUUUGUAUUAAAAUUUGUUUUUAAUGUAUUUAGUUAUUCACUAAUUAAAUACAAUAUAUUGUUUUACUCAACUUAUAUAUUUAGCAUGAUUUUGUUAGUCCAUAGUCCAUACCAUUUAAAAAAAAAAAAAAAACAUAAAUCCUAUGUCCACUCUCUUAAGAAGUGUGAUGCUAUUGCUCACUAGGACAACAAUGGCACCUCUGCCCUCACUCACACAAUGCCAACCACAACACCCACAUGUCCUCCCCGUUUCCCUUCCCCUCAUUCACCACCCACUCAGACUCGGACAGCCUCGCCAGCCCAACACGCCUGAGCCUCAGUUUACCGGAUGGCCCUGAGGAUCAGCUGGACCGCCUGCAGCAGGUGGAGCUGGCCAGGAGCAUGCCCAUGUCACAGUGGAGGGCGGGCACUGUGCAGGCCUGGCUUGAGGUCGUCAUGGCGAUGCCCAUGUACAUACGCGCCUGCUCAGAGAAUGUCAAGAGUGGCAAGGUAUUAUUGGCGCUAACGGAUGAAGACCUUGAGCUUGGUUUGGGGGUGAGCAGUUUGAUGCAUCGUCGUAAACUACGUCUUGCCAUUGAAGACUACCGCGAGGCUGAAGAUGGAAGGGGGUUGUCUAAGGCUGCAGACAUGGACCACCACUGGGUCGCUAAGGCUUGGCUCAGUGACGUGGGCUUGCCUCAGUACUCGCAGGCAUUUCACACCCACUUGGUGGACGGACGCGUGCUGCACUCCUUGACACGGCGUGACCUCGAACGCCACCUCAACAUCUCCAAAAAAUUCCACCUGGUCAGCUUGCUACUGGGCAUUGAGCUGUUGCACUCGCUCAAUUUUGACAAAGACGCAUUGCAAGCCCGCCGGAUACAGUGUGAGCACCAAAACAUAGAUCCUUUGGUGUGGACCUCACACCGUGUCAUCAAAUGGCUUAAAGACAUUGACCUAAAGGAAUUUGCGGAGGGUGUCGCUAGCAGCGGAGUCCAUGGAGCUGUUAUGGUGCUCGAACCCAGUUUUUCCAGUGACACCUUGGCUACCAUAAUGGGAAUUCCCAGCAGCAAGCACAUGGUUCGUAGACACCUUGAAGAAGAGCUGACAAAUCUGAUUGGCCUGGCCAGGGCAGAUGCCAAGCAAGAGUUUGAACGCUGUGUUCUGGGAACACCACCAACUCCCCGUCGCCAAAACUCCCCAACCAGGUCGCCUUCUGCCAGUCGACGCAUGGAUGAUGAGGGCUCACUGAGAAGGAGGGCAGUCAAGCCACCAACGGGGUUCAGCCCAAAGGCGCGCAAUGGGCGGGACUUGAUCUACCACAACAGCUAUGGCUCGCUACCUCGCGAGACCAGGGAGCAAACGCCUCCCAGGACACAAGGGAGCCCCGUCCGAGCCUAUGCCAACAUCGGGGUCACCAAUGUGUGAGGUUAUCAGAGUGUAACAUGACACGGCGCUGCUGAGCCUGUUAUUGAAUAUGUGACAUUACUGAACAGAGGCAAAAAAGGGAAAACUGAAGCCUGUUAUUUUGUAUUUGCUAUUUGUCUAGACUACUGAGAUUUGUACAAUAUUUUUUUAUUGAACAGGGUACUUUAUUAAAAAAAAAAAAAGUCUUGUCAUUGUAAAAUGUUUAUCAUUUGGCCUGCUUUACAGCUCUGCCUUGUCAAUGUAGCAAAUCUCAAUUAGCAAAUAUGUUUUUGAGUAUCAUGUACGUUAACUGUGAUCUUUCAAUAUACAAACAACUACCCUCGGGUCACACACAGUUGUUGACAAAUGUUUCCGUGAGAAUUCAAAAUGAAUACCAGCUGUUUUUGACAGGUCCGUGUAUUUCUCUUCGUUAUCGAGGAGACGAUAGCUGUUACAUGAGCUGUGCCAUUGGAAGCAGGAAGUGGAGGCAAGACGCAGGUGGUAAACGUGAUGCCAAAUCUAAAUGAUGGCCCUUCCUAAAUGGACGGUCACAGAGGGACAUUGUAAUAAAAAUGACGAUAGAUGAUUUGAUGAUAGAUGAUAACAGACUUGGCAUCUGCAGCUUCAUAUGUAUAUAUUACCUUCUCUUUUUUUUGUGUGAUUGGAUGAAGUUAUUGUUUCAUCAAAUAAAAUAGGUUCCUUCUAUCCCUUUUAUAAAAUGCUGUCUUAUCUAUGGAUUAAUUUACAGUAAUUUCAUUGUACAUGUGUAAACCCUUUCGUAACCUUGUUUUAAUACUGUACAACUUGAAGAGUAACCAGAAAACUACUAGAAAAUACAAUGAUGACAAUGGAACAGGAAAAUAAACUGACAUUUGGAAGUGGUAUGUCUUCAUCCUAUAGUUGACGGUAAUAAUACAAAUCAAGACGAUUGCAAUGUGUAUCGCAAUUUCAGCUGUGUUAACACAGACCAGCUACUAUGUCAUUGCAUUCUGGUGCAUUAGAGCUGGGAUUUUCUUUUUUUUUUCUUCCCUGUGCCUUACAAAUAGAGCUCAAAGAAGCAGGGCACACAACACAGGAAAUGCUGCUGGGCAUUGAGAAAUAAUUAGAUGAUUGACAAUGUCAGCGCAUAAAUUGCAUUUGUUUUCAAAUAAAUGAGUGGGAACAUUACUUCUCAGGUGUUAAUUUGCAUAAUCUUAUGGUUGAUUGGCAGUGUUGCAUCCUUGCAACCCCUCUCAUGCUACAUCGGGAGACCGCAAAAUCCUGGGUGAACUUCAACCACUUAAACAGGAAAGAGGCAAGAAUGACCAAGACGAAAGGGGCCAGGUGACCUUCUAGAUCCACCGUCACGCAAUAUCAAAUUUUGUGGUAAGUACUGUGCAUAGAGGUAGUCCCCAGGUUACUAAACAGUUCUGUUCUUACGCUGGCGACGUAACCCGAAUUUCCAUGUAAAUUUGAAUUAACCCUUUAAUUACCCCUAAAUACUCACUGAAUCUGAAAAUAAACAUCCCAAAACAUGUUUUAUACAUCAUAUUAAUGAAAUAAAAAAAAAAGAUACUGUACUUGAAUUGCCUUGUAUUGAAUUGUGCUAUAUAAAUAAAUUUGCCUAUAUAAAUAUAAUUUGCCUUACCAUCAACGCUGGUAAAUGGUGAAAAAGGUACACUGACUAUGCCGGGUUGUUCACAAUUGGAGACACAAGAGUUCUUGUUCCACUGAUGUUUACUGUCGUUUUACUUUUAAACCAUUUGUAAAACUGAAACACACAUAUGUUCAAAAUGGCCCGCAUUUCAACAAUAAAACACCUGACACAAAACAGUUGGUGUUCAAAUGUUGAUAUAGUCAGAUCAAUAUAUACAUUUAGUCGAUUAAAUUUGCCUAAUUUGACUAAUAAAAAGUCUGCUAGUUUAAAUGCUACAAAUUGCAACUUAUUUGCAAAUCAUACAAAAUUUGUGUCAAAACCAGAGAGGUGGAGGCUUAUUUUUCAAAUAUUUUGACACCAAAAUGUCCAACAACUCAGGACGUAAAUAUUGGCCAGCCACAGACAUGUCAUUUGCAAUACAGUAGAUAGUGGAUGUACAUGAUGAUGAGAAAUGUUUGACCUAAAAAUUGUUUGGAAACGGUAACAUAUCUCUGGUGUCUGACACCAUAUCCUGGGGAAUUCAAUUUACACAUGAGGUUUUGCAGUAUUCUGAUGAGUCACUCACAAAUUGAAUCCGAUUUGCAGGUUAAUUCAAUUCAGCCUUUGCAGGUUGCAACAACAAUAACCAGUAAUCUUGGGGCUUUCACGCGGUUGCGCAACCUAAAAAGAGAUAUUUGACAUUUGAUUGACUAGCAGGGUAACAACUUGUCUGGAACGCUUCCACAGAGAAUUGUUAUUGUCGUAUUUAAAUAAUGAUUGCGCACACAUAUUUUGCUGUAAGCAUCAUUGAUUGAAUUGUGAUAUACAAUGCAAUACGUUUAAAUACUAAUAUAACAAAAAUAAUUAUGUCAUUUGUAGUUAUUUAGGUGUCUCUAUUUGCUUUUGAGGGUGAACGUAAACAUCUCAAACCUCUGGGAUUU